GUCCAAACUGUUCAUUUUGCAAGAAAGAAAAAAAAGAAAAGAAGAAAAAAGAGUCACCAUUCAACAAAAAUCAACAAAAGAGUCAACAAAAAGUCCAAAAAAGAUCUUAAGCAUUUUUUUUUUAUAUUUCUUUUUUUUUUCCUUCCAAAACCGGACCGGCGCGCGCUUAUCGUAUGGGGAUUUAACGCGCGCGAGCUGUCAAGAACUGGAAGUGGAGAGGCGCGCGGCGACCGCAAAACAACACCGGGGACGCGCGCGCGCACACACACUCUCACACGCUCUCACACACACACACACAGAGAGAUUUUACAGCAUAAAAGCUUACCCAAGGAUAGAACUGUUUCUUUAUAGGUCUUGUCCCUUCUCUCUCUCUCUCUCUCUCUCUCUCUCUCUCUCUCUCUCUCUCUUUAUUGGAUUACCGGUUGCACAGCAACGGAGCCCCCGGGAUAAAUCUGGAUGUCGUAGUUAAGGUUUAUCAAAUGAUCCAGGCAUGGAGUCCAAAAGAUACCAAAGUAUUUACAAAGGUACAGACAGAGAAAACAAAUGGGCCCAGAUACCGGGAUCUAUGGAGCAGUGCUGCACAACAGAGGAGGAGGGAGCUCUGAUUAACAGCGAUGUCCUGAUGAACAUUGUAAAUGCCAGCAAUGCAUCUGGCAUCCCAGCUCCAAAGUGCAAGGAAAGUGGAGGAAAGAAGGCAGAGAUGCUGAUGCCCCAGGUCAAUCCUGAGCAGCAGCUUAGCUUCCCUGCUUACAACACAUCCAUCCAUGGGCGCAGACCUGAAGACUCUAAAGAGCUCUCUAAAACUGUUGCUGAGUCAAUGGGCUUGUAUAUGAAUGCUGCCAGAGAGGCCGAAUUUGCAUUCGGCCAGCAGGGACCACCUGCCAGAUGCCAGGGUAGCCCUAGGAAACUGUACAAUCCAGGGGCAACUGGGAGCCCCAACAUGAAAGCUCCUCCAACAUCAUUCCCAGCCAUGUCCCAGUUACCAAAUGGUAGUCUUGGUGAGUGUGGCGUGGGCACCAUGCCAACACCUUCAACCCUGGCCACGGUUCUGUCGAACAAAGCUGAAGACUCCAGCAGCAUUUCCAGUCCAAGUGGAAACAACAUUGUUACUUCCACCACCAGUCCCACCUACUUUGGCACUAGCCACCCUUCCCUAAGCAGUCCAGCAAGUCUGGGUCCAGUUGGUUCAGGCCUGGCACUGACUCACCAUGUCAACUCGAACACCUGCAGCCCAGCAGAGUCCAGCACUAUGGGUACUCCGCCACUAGCAAGCCCCUUUAACGUGAUGAAGUCACCUAUCUCAAGCCCCCAGAGCAUGGGAAGUGUGAGGACACCACCAUCCUGCAACACCAACAUGAGGUCGUCUGUGUCCAGUCCUACAGGAAGUGGUGGCAACUUGAGGCCUUCUGGGUCAAGUCCGCCCACAGCCGGUUCAAAGGCCAUGUCCAGUCCCAGGAAUCCCACCAGGACCUUUUCCGUGUCAAGCCCUCCCAGCAGUCUCGGCCUAGUUCAGAACGACAUCCACAGCCCUGAUGGCCAGGAGCAUGACUUCAAAGGUUUCAAGUUCCCCAAGGUAGAGAGUGUGGAUGGGGAAAUAUUUAAUGUUGGCCUGGACUCCAUGGGGAUAGUCAAGUACAUCAAAAAUGAGCCAGACACUGAUUACAGGAGUAUGUGUCUGGGUAGCAGCAAUGGCAAUGUUCCACCUUCCCCAUUUGUAUCUCAUAUUAAGACCGAACCCAACAGUGAAGCAACUUGCACGAAUGCACACUAUGGGGAUUCUCAGCAGCCCAUGGGACUCUUUCCAGCUUCAGAGACUACAUAUUUGUCCUUAAGGGAUAAUAUUGAUGAAUACAGUCUGUCCGGGAUCUUGGGACCUCCCAUUUCUUCUCUGAAUGGCAACUAUGAAUUCGGUGUGUUUUCAAACAAUGACAUGCCCAAGGGAAUUAAACAGGAGACCAAUGAUGGCAGCUAUUACCAAGAGAAUAAUAUUGUGCCCACGUCAGCUAUUGUCGGCGUUAAUUCAGGUGGACAUUCAUUUCAUUACCAGAUUGGAGCGCAAGGAACAAUGUCGUUUUCGCGGCAUGACAUGCGGGACCAGACGAACCCCUUGUUGAAUCUAAUUUCUCCAGUUACUGCACUAAUGGAGACAUGGAAAACACGCCCAGGCCUGUCUCAGGCUCCACUUUCCGCCUGCGGGGAGGGUUACCCAGCCCCAGGCUGCAUCUCUGACACAAUGACAAGCGCUCCACUCAGACACUCAUCCUCGACUGCUAAAGUGUGUUUGGUGUGCGGGGACGAGGCGUCCGGGUGCCACUACGGUGUCGUCACGUGCGGGAGCUGCAAAGUCUUCUUCAAGAGAGCGGUGGAAGGUCAGCACAACUACCUGUGUGCCGGAAGGAACGACUGCAUCAUCGACAAAAUCCGACGGAAGAACUGUCCCGCUUGCCGAGUACGGAAGUGUCUGCAGGCAGGGAUGAAUCUCGGAGCACGGAAGUCCAAGAAGCUGGGCAAGCUGAAGAGUGUGAGCGAGGACUCGUCUCUUCAGAACUCAGAGAAAGAGCUGAGCUCGAACAUGGCUCUGGUUCCUCACGGUGCCUCCGUAGCUCCCUUCCUCUCACCAUCUGUAUGCAGCGUGCUGGAGCUCAUUGAGCCCGAGGUGGUGUUUGCAGGAUUUGAUAACACACAGCCUGACACCACCGAUCACCUUCUCACCAGCCUCAACAAACUUGCCGGCAAGCAGAUGGUGCGCGUUGUCAAGUGGGCCAAAGUACUUCCAGGUUUCCGCACGUUGCCCAUCGAGGACCAAAUCACACUGAUCCAGUACUCAUGGAUGUGUCUCUCCUCGUUCUCGCUCAGCUGGCGAUCCUACAAACACACCAAUGCUCAGAUGCUGUACUUUGCCCCGGACCUCGUCUUUAAUGAGGAGCGAAUGCAACAGUCGGCCAUGUACGAUCUGUGUGUGAGCAUGAAGCAGGUCAGUCAGGAGUUUGUCCGUCUGCAGCUCACCUAUGAGGAGUUCCUGGCCAUGAAAGUCCUGCUGCUCCUCAGCACGGUGCCCAAGGACGGCCUGAAGAACCAGGCUGCGUUCGAGGAGAUGAGGGUGAACUACAUUAAAGAGCUGCGGCGAUCCGUGGGCAAAGCAACCAACAACUCGGGGCAGACAUGGCAGCGUUUCUUCCAGCUCACCAAGCUUCUGGAUGCCAUGCAUGAUCUGGUGGGAAACCUGCUGGACUUCUGCUUCUACACCUUCCGCGAGUCUCAGGCUCUGAAGGUAGAGUUUCCCGAGAUGCUGGUGGAGAUCAUCAGCGACCAGAUACCAAAGGUGGAAUCGGGCCUCACACACAUCCUUUACUUUCACAAGAAGUGACUGGAGAUGGAGGGGAAAAAAAAACAGCCAACAAAACAAGCGAUGAAAUGACAAAGGAACGAAUAAGAAGAGGGAAGAGAAGACGACAAACCCCUCGAAAAGGAAGAAGGAAAGAAAGAAAGACACAAUGAAAGAAAGAGAAAAGAAAGAGAGGGAAACGUGGGCCAGGCCAGCUUGCUAUGCACAAUGUCAGGCAUGAGUGGAGGCUCGGAUGUACGUAUGGCAACCUACACAGACGGACAGAGUCGACUCGUCUGUCGCCAGCCAGUGAACUUUACAGUUCAUUAACCGCCCCCCCAAUCAACCCACUCCCCCAGCUGCCCCCUUUCCUCACCCAAUGACAAUGCUGACUAUCUAUGGAUAUGAAGCCAUAUGUUUCUUUGGUAAAGCUGUAGUGCACAGGUACAAGUGUAUAAAUAAUACUAAAACAGCUCAGUUGUAUACAGAGACACGGUCUUUGCCUCUACCCUCGACAUACAACCUGCAAUGAAAUAUCGAGGCAUUUCUAUUAGUUAACUCAUCUCAUCUCAACACUACACACUACACAUACUUAACCCUUUGGAUUUACAAUUUACAGAAAAGAAAAGAAAAAAAUUACUUACCAAAAAAAUACUGUCUAUAAUAUAUUUCUGUAGCAACUUUCAUCAUUAACAGGUUUUAUUUAUGUGUUUUUUGUUUUUUUUUUUGGACUAAAGAGGCAAAGCAAGGACAUUUUCCAAGGGCUACACUACCUAACAUCUAAACAAGUGUGUCUAAUGCGUGUGUGUAUCGAACCACGAAGCGAAGCAUGCGACCGCUUUUACCCUCGUUUCAACGUCCAGAACAAUCAAACACCGAGAUAAUAUGCAAAUGUAUACCCCGUUUUUAUUUCUAUUAAAAAAAUAAAUAAAAACACGUAAACAGCGAGAACUAUUUUGUAGUAGAAUUGAGGGACGGCGCCAUCGCAGCCCUGACGUAGCGCUCUGAAAAAUAAAGGGAGAAGAAGGAAAUAAAUGAGAAAUGUGACGGAGGAAAAAGCACAGAAAAGGGCUUUGUUUUUAGGAGCUCGAAAUAAGCGAGAUGCUCACGACACAACUCCAGGAAAGGAAUUUCUGUUUCACUACACACACGAUGCAAAACAAUCAUCAAGACCGUCUGCUUUUUGGUGUGUGUAUAUAUACACACACACACACAUAUAUUUAUUGGUCUGUUUGAGUGAUCAGCUGUCCUUAUAUUCUCUGUAGAAUCUUUUGCUCCAGAUAUCAACAGGAUGUCAAACCGAAUAAGUUCAAGGAAAAUUCCACCGUCGCUUCAAAACGAAACUCUGAUCCACUGGAUCUGUAGCACAUCUGUGAUUACCAAACGCAAGAAUGUAGACCAAGAACAAAUAAACGAAGCAUCGAAGGUCACUCAAGGCUCAGUCAUUACAGAAGUUCAAAGCCAUGAUUCUGUGGCAUUCAUUCGUGUUUAAGUUCAUUUACCAAACAUGUUUUUGUAGAACGCUUGACUGAAAAUGUAGUCACUUUUAUACAGUGAUGUGUGAAGUUUUCGGAGACCGUGAAACCUUUUUUUAUGGGGGGGGGGUAGCACAAUGCCCCUCUCACCCAGUAGACACACCCAGAUCACAUUUAUGCUACAGCUAAUAAGAUCAAUAUGAAAUUAUGAUAAAAGAUUAGUUUCAAAAAUGUGCUGAAACCAGAAAUGAUAUGAACCAGAAAAAUUGAUCUACAUAUAAAUGACCUAAGCCCCACCCACCAGUUAUAGGGACCAAUCAGAAUGGCCAGUGUGCUUUUUUUUUUAAACAUGUAAUCAAACACAUUACAGACAGUUAAUUAACCAGCUCUGUUGUGAUAAUUAAAUUAACCAUUUUUUAGGUUAAUAAUAUUAAUAAUUAUAAUACAUAAAUAAACAAAUAAAUAAUUAAAAGCA